GGACGUCGCGCCUUGACCCCGGAAGUGUAUGUGAGAGGCCUGGGAUCCUGCCCUAGGUUUGAAUAACACGAGCUGAUUCACUGCGGCCCGGCGGAGCGGAAGGCGGCAUUGAAGGACUGAGAAAAGGAGUUGAGGCGAGAUUCCGGGUUCCGAGGAAGGGAAUUGAGGUUCACUUCCAUCAGCACUAAAAAUCGAGCAGAGAUCAAAAGAAAGUUGGUGUUAAGAACUGAACACUAAGUGAAUAUAAGAAAUUAUGGAUAGACUUCUGCGACUUGGAGGAGGCAUGCCUGGUCUGGGACAGGGACCUCCUACUGAUGCUCCUGCAGUGGAUACUGCUGAACAGGUUUACAUCUCUUCUCUUGCGCUUUUGAAGAUGCUGAAGCAUGGUCGAGCUGGUGUCCCUAUGGAAGUUAUGGGGCUGAUGCUUGGAGAAUUUGUUGAUGACUAUACUGUCAGAGUGAUUGAUGUGUUUGCUAUGCCACAGUCAGGAACGGGGGUCAGUGUAGAAGCAGUUGAUCCUGUUUUUCAAGCUAAAAUGUUGGAUAUGCUAAAGCAAACUGGAAGACCUGAGAUGGUUGUUGGCUGGUAUCACAGUCAUCCUGGCUUUGGCUGUUGGUUGUCUGGUGUGGAUAUCAACACACAACAGAGUUUUGAAGCCCUGUCAGAAAGAGCUGUAGCUGUAGUAGUGGAUCCCAUCCAGAGCGUAAAAGGAAAGGUUGUUAUCGAUGCCUUCAGAUUGAUCAAUGCUAAUAUGAUGGUCUUGGGACAUGAACCAAGACAAACAACUUCAAAUCUGGGUCACUUAAACAAGCCAUCUAUUCAGGCUUUAAUUCAUGGACUGAAUAGACAUUACUAUUCUAUUACUAUCAACUACAGGAAAAAUGAACUAGAACAGAAGAUGUUACUCAACUUACAUAAGAAAAGUUGGAUGGAAGGAUUAACCCUUCAAGAUUACAGUGAACACUGCAAACUCAAUGAAACUGUGGUGAAGGAAAUGCUAGAAUUAGCAAAGAAUUAUAACAAGGCUGUUGAGGAAGAAGAUAAGAUGACACCUGAACAGCUGGCAAUAAAAAAUGUUGGCAAGCAGGACCCCAAACGCCAUUUAGAAGAACACGUAGAUGUCCUGAUGACUUCUAACAUUGUCCAGUGUUUAGCAGCAAUGUUGGAUACUGUUGUGUUUAAAUAAUGACUUACUCAUAAGUGCCGUUUCUUGUCUUUAAUCAUCUAUUGUUUAAAGCUCUGAAACUAAGAUAUAUUUGGAUGUCAAAGACAUCUGGCAUCAUUUACAGUCUAAGAGCAUCACUCUUGACACCUUCUUCUCUCUUCCGUGCAAUUACUUUUGAGAUAUUUUUAAUGUCACGGUCUUUAUUCCUGAGCAAUUCAAGGACUGAAUUAUAAAAUGUGUUGUGUUUUCAUUUUAAUAUUUCAAAGAUAUUUGGUAUCAGUUAUUGUUACAUAUUUCUUUUAACUUUGUUAACCUGUGUAGCAUAUGUUGGUGUUCAUGAAUUGGGAAAGGAUUGUUGACAAAGCUGUAUAAACCUGAAUUAGAUACAUACAUAUAUACAUACAUUUAUUUCAGUAAGCUGAAGGAAAUGAUGUCUUCAAAGACUUCCUCUGUAAGAAGUGUGCAUCACUCAGUCUUUCCCUCCCUCUCUUUCUUUCUCAUAUAUGUGUAUGUAUAUGUCUUGACCAGGGCUAAACCAAAGUCCCUUUUUAAAAUACCUAGUAUCAGCCUUGAAAUGCAAGAAUAUCAGAAUCCUCCCAAAAGUGUGCAACACUUCUUAACACUGAAUUUGAGGUUUCCUUGUUUUUAGGAUGAUAGUUUUUCAGGUCAGAGGAAUUGUGGCUUCUGGGCAGGUUUGAGCUUGUCUCUUCUGCCUGUAACCACUGGAUGGGGUUGCUCACAUAAUGACCACUUAUACAUCUGUAUAAGAAUAAAUUGGCACAAGAUAGAGCUGGAGAUUUACUGCAUAAAGUAGCUUGGGUAAUAUCUUCCACAUGUACCAGCUGAAAACCUCGAUAUUUGAAAGUGAUGGUAGUUUGUCAUUAGUUUGAUGUGGUCAUAAAACGUCAAAGCAAUAGUUUUUGGCAAAGAACAAGAGAUAGUUAUUGUGAGCAAACCAGGACUCUUUUAUGGAAUAUAUGCUUUAAGUGAGAAUAGAUUUUGCAAGGAAUCAUCCCAAAUUAUUAGUACCUCAGUCAACAUCUGAUCCUUUUAAAAUGCUUACAAGAACCUGAUAAUCUAAUCAUGAAGUUUACAAUUAGGGUUUUUGUAUAUUCCACAGCUACAUGGAAUUCAGUGUCACCGGAACUUCAUUUUUCGUUCGCCUUUCCAUAAAAAAAAAAUCAAAAACCAAAACACUCUUCUUUGUUAUUAGGGCUGAGAAGAGCCUUCAAAGUAGGAAAUGCUGUCACAAUCUAAAAAUGCACAGACGAGAUUCAAAGUAUGACCCAAUAAACCAUCGUAAAAUACAUAAAUCCUUUUUCAACAUGUUCUGUAAAUAAAUGUUUCGUAUGUAUACAGAGAAAUCCAAUUUCAAAUACACCAUAAAAAGAUACUUAGUUUCUGUAAAUCUUCAUGUUUUUUAAAGCCUGGAUUUAUUUUCAAAACAACUUAAUGUAACAAAGCUUAAUAGGAAACAAAAGAUGUAUUUACGCAAAAAGAAAAAAACAAGACUCAUUCUAGAGAAACCAGAAUGAAGACAAUACCUUGAAUUAAGUUUUUGAAAGUGAAUAAAGGAAAGCCAGUUUCUUAUACAAUCAA